AUGUCACUUCUCUUAGGAGUGGAGGAAACACCGCGUAGACUGUCUCGCCGUCGCCGAUCAAAUCGGAAAAAACCACCUCAAAGACUCGAUCCGCUCGAAGAAUUUAACCUGUCAUUUGACAAGUGUCAAAUUGAAGAUGAUUAUCCAAUCGAAAUUCCAAAGAAGUUGCUCUAUCCUUAUAUGGAAGAUUUAUUGAAGAAGAAGCUUUCCGUGAGAGAAAGUGCGCUAAGGACGUUGGUCGAAGAAUUUGAGACCAAUGUCCAAAGCAAAUUCGCUAGAAAAUAUUUUUUCACUUUGGUACGCCGAUGUCAUAAUUGCUUGAAACGGGGUUCUACCACGGAGAUUGAGUUAGCGUUGCAACUGAUCGGAUUAGUAGCUCUGACUCUUGGUGAGGGUGAUUAUGCACAUGAGAUUUAUGAAGACUCGUUUGUGUUUCUUCCUCAAGUCUUGUUGAAAUCUAAGUUAUCUCACGCGGUCAAGGUGAUGGAGUGUUUGUCUAUUGUCACUCUUGUUGGUGCCAAAGAUUCUGUAGACACGGAAAGAUCAAUGAAUUUUAUAUGGGAAUUCAUGAGUCAAGAAAGCAAACAUCCAUCAUCAGUGGCUGCAUCAGCAAUAUCAGCUUGGGCUCUCCUCUUUUCGGACGUUGAAAAAAGAAGCAUUAGUCCCAAAAAGUGGAAAGGAUUGAUCCCUUAUCUUCUGAAACAACUAGAGGAAGAUGAUGAAUAUGUUAAUGGUGCCAGCAUUGAAGCGCUUGCUUUAAUUUUUGAAAACGGCAGUCUUGAGAAAUUUUCGAAUCAAGCAGAAGAAUACGCAAGCAUCAAGGACAUGAAAGAUGGCAUAAUGAAGGAGAUAAAGAGAAUAUGCAAUGACAUCAAACAAGAUGUUUCAAAAAUUCUCGAGGAUGAUUACGAUAAGAAAACCACUUUAACUUUUGGCGGAACAAGAGUUAGUUUUACCACCUGGUCGCAAUUCAAACAGAUAAAUUACAUAAGAAGAUAUUUAGGUUAUGGUUUCACAAAUCACAUGAUGGAAAACGAACACCUGCACAACUUUUUUCGCUUUGCACCAGUAACGUCAGAAUGUAGUGAUGUUGUAGAACUGUGCAAACCUGAAUUUGAAGAGAUGGCUGUUCGAGUUUUUUUACCUGAAAUAAGAAGAAAAGAUUGUAAAAAGAGGAUUUAUCUGUCCCCUAGUUCUCUACUGAGCAAAGGAAGGACUAAGUUGAGGAAUAAGCACAGAAGUCUUGCAGAGGAGACCAAGGCUGGGCAUUUUGAUGAGGAAGACUUUGACUGA